CACGAGCAGUAAGUGUCAGGCGCGUCCUCGCUGCUUGAGCUAUUAGAAUACAUUUAAUCACUGCAUUAAAUUAACGUACAAAACGAGAAAUACACACAUCCCGAUCUCUGUUGUGGUUACUUUAUUAGCCUCGUAUCAAGCUGUAGGUGCCUAUUCACGAAUAAAAUCAAAACAUUCAAACAGAGGCGGAAUGGUAAAUAAAUAAAUAAACAUAUUCCCCAUUCGCAGUCUACUUCCUGGUGCUCAUCGGAAAAGAGCUGCUAGCGGAUAGCGAUGUUUACUGUUGGAACCGACACCGCGCAUAAUAUCGUUUGCGCGCUCACGCAGAUUUGACGGACGUCUAUUAUUAUAUUUUUACUGAGACGUGUAACCGAGAAGAUAUUUUCACAAUGACAGGACGAUGCAAUCAGUGUCAGACCAGGGUCUCCAUUCUGGAUUACUUCAAUAUCGUGUGUGAGGGAGAAAAUGGCAAAAUUGAAUCAAACUGCAAAGCUUGUGGCACAAGGAUUCAGGCUAAACGGACAGUUACUUCUAACUUUGUUACACAUUUAAAGCGCAAACAUCAGGCCAUGUAUGAUGAGUUUGUGAGGAAGAAAGAUGUGAAAAGGGAGGCAAUGCAGAUGUGUACUGGCCCUCCAAGUGGCCGAGUGAUCUCUCAAAGCAGUGCUGGGAUGAACAAGUUUGAGUACAGUGACCCUCGCCAAUCCCUAAUUUCAGAAGCUAUUGCCAAGAUGAUCAUCCGAGACCUGCAGCCGGCACAGAUAGUGGAAUAUGAGGGUUUUCGUGAGCUUCUUCAGCUCCUGGAGCCCCGUUACAUUCCGGUACCAUGUCAUUAUAUACAACAGCAGCUCCUGCCAGCCUAUGUCUCCCAAGUGCAACUAGCUGCCAAGCAGGCUCUAAAAGGAGCUGAGUCCUGCAGUGUGACCCUUGACCUGUGGAGAAGCAGCUCUGCAGGUAACAACAGUGGUGCUGGGUUUCUUGGAGUGACUUGCCAUUUCAUAAAUGCAGACUGGCACAUCAGAUCUACUCUUUUGGCAUGCUUACCUCUUCCAGACCACAGCAACACACAGCAAAUGCUCAGCGAGUUUGAUGAGAUCUCCGAAUCCCAUGGCAUGUCUGGCAAAGUGUUCAGAGUCGUCGCAGACUUGUUGCCCUGUGAAAAUAGAUCUGCUUUUCGUCUUCCUGGGUUCAGUCUCAUUGGAAAUGAUGAAGAAGAGGAGGAAGAUGGUAGCGAAGAAGAGUCUAGUGAAGCCAAAGAAGCCAUUAGUAGCAACGAGAACUGCAAGUCUUUAGAUCAGUGUCUUGGUCGAAGUAGGAUAGACUGCUUUGCUCGAUUGCUAGCUCAGUGUGUUAAGGAAGGAGUUUGCGCUUCCCCUCAGAUAUCAGUUCCUCUAAACAAAGCAGCCCGCCUGUAUAACUACAUAAUUGCUACAGUGGCUCAUGAAAAACUUGUCCAAGUGUUCGGCUCCAGUACCUUAACAAAUUGUCACUCAUCCACAGACAAGUGGAACGCUCAGUUAAAAAUAUUGCGGCAAAUGGUGGAGUCAAUGGAUUUUCUUGAGGACAUUGUGGAAAUAAAUGACCUAGUCCUCGGUAACUUAGAAAAAGCAGUGCUGCGGGAGCUGGUUGAGGUGUUGGAGCCUUUUGAGGAGGCCUCAGACAUGGUCCAAGGAGACAAGCAUGUGUCCAUCAGCCUAGCCCUGCCCUGUGUGCUAGGUCUGCGCAAGCAUCUGGCUGAGGUCGUAACUCACCAGUGCUCUGGGAUCGUGAUGGGAUUGUCUCAAGCUCUGGACCGCAGACUGGCAGGCAUUCUUGAGGACCCUCUUUAUGUAACAGCCACCACCCUGGACCCACAGUUCAAGCUGUCCUGGAGCAGUGACAGCGACUGGCACAAACAGGUUCUGCUGGAAGAGGUUGGAAAGCAUACUCGGCCUUUGAGUCCACUAGAACAUCACUCAGAGGCCCAGCCGUCACCGUCCAAACGCUGCAAGCUGUUCUCUUUCAUUAAGCAGAGGCCGACUGCCCAGGCCAAGACUGUGGAGCAGGAGCUGUCCACAUAUCUCCACGAAGAACCCACAGAUGAGGAUCCACUACAAUACUGGAAACGCAAGUCCAUCGAUUUUCCCCUGCUCUCACAAGUAGCCAAAAAAGUUUUUACUGUGCCAGCAACAACCACAUCAGUGGACCAGAUAUUUAACCUUGUUAGCAAGACGCUCAGACCAGAGCAAUGCCGACUUCUGCCAAAAAACUUGGACACUCUGAUUUACUUGAAGGCUAACUAUAGGAUACUUUGGUCCUAAAUGCAAAGAGAGCUUUAAAGGAAUUUCUUUUUACUGAUUUCAAACCAAACACCUCAAAUGCAAAGUGGGGAUUGUGCCUGAUACAUGUAUCUAUAAAAACUGUACAUUUACCCCAAAGUAAACAAAACACUGUUUUCAGCAAAAAUUCAAUUUUUAGUUAUUGUACAAAAGGCUAGACCUAAAUUAGAUAAAUUAAUUAGCUAUUAUAGGUAACAAUUUAUAACAACUUUCAUAUCUAUCUAUCUGUCUGUCUGUCUGUCUGUCUCCUAACUAUUUGAAAAUAUAAUGCAAUUUGAUGAAAAAGGAAAUGAAAGUUAUUAUUAAUUGUUAACCUAUUACCUAUUAUGGCACAUUAUCAGAUGCUGGUUGCCUUUAUUGCAGACAUAUCUAAACAUUAUGUUCUGUCUACUCACUUUCAACACCCAAAAAUGUAAUAGGAUUAUAUAAGUGCAGUGCACAUUGUAAUAUCCUUAAUUAAUUGUAAAAAUAUUUACAUCAUAAUUCUCCUGCAUUAUCAGCAUGAUGUAGAACCCCAGAAAACACACUAUUCUUGCAGCCAAAUGCUUUCUCAGAACACCUUUAAGAUAAAGAAUAGUACAUUGCCAGCUAAAUUAAACAUUAUCAAACAUUUUGUGUAUCUUAGUUAGUUUUAUAUUAAUCUAAGAAAAGAAUUGGUCAAAUAGAGUUAUAGUGUGGCUGACAAGCUUUUUGUGUGGGUUCUUUGUGUACAAAACCCUCCUGGUAGAAAAACAGCAGGCAGGUUCUGUACUUGAAAAUAAUUACAUUUCAGGCCUAUGGGGAAUCAGAGAACGCUGAUGGUGGACUGCAGUCUCUCCUAGCUUGCAGGGCUGAAUGGAGAGCAAUCAAGCCUGUGGGAUAUUAAGAAGACUUGUUGCAUUAAGGACCUUUUGUUGUGAAAAAUACUUUUCCAUUUCAGUAAAAAGUGUUUGUUAUCAAACCUGACUUUUUGUCCUGUCAUAACUGCAUACAAUAAUAUGCCAAAGGUCAAGCAAUUUCACUGUCUUUAUAGCACAAUCACUGAUGUCAGUGUGUGCAUUUACAGUUAUAACUACAGUGCUCUUGUGCUAAGGUUGUGGAUUGCAACAGUAGAGUUUAUGCAUGCUUGUAUUCUGAUCAUGUGGCGAAGAAAAUAGCAAAAGGAAAUUCAAUCAAUAAACUCAAUUUCAAACAGA